GAUUGCAAUGACGUGAUAAUGGAAUUUGGUCACACUUUUUGCAUUAACUCAGCCAGACAAUACUGGGGUAUGUUUCUGACGAUGUUGUUUAGACUUAAUCUUGAAUUGUUUUGAACUUUGCCAGUGUAGGUAAUGACAAUCAACUUAACAAGCUUUGGUUGGUAAAGCCUUGGGCAAACUAGGAAACAUUGUUGCGGAAACAUUUGUAAUUCUCGAUGUUUCCUCAAAUGUUUCCCUGUUUGCCCACCUGUAGUCUAAACAUUGUUGCGGAAACAAAAUUUGCUUCCCGGGAAGCAAAUAUGUUUCCUACCAACUUCAGAAACAUUUGAUGUUUCCCUAUGUUUCUCACUAAUGUUUCCUAGUGUUUGCCCACUCUGGGAAACAUGGCGAAACAUUGGCAGGAAACAAUGUUUUCUAGUUUUCCCAGGACUUAAGGAUAAAACUACUUGAAAAUAUAUAAGGAGAAUUUUAGACGGUUCGAGCGAAGCCCCUUUGUCUGGAGUUACUGGAACUUCAGACGAAGGACCUUCGCUCGAAAUAUCUCAAUUCUCCUUAUAUAUUUUCAGGUAGUUACACCUUACCAACGAAAGCUUGUUCAGACUUACGGCUGUUUUCCACCUCAACCGUGUUGCACCGAAGCGUAGCAUAUUUCUUUGUUUCCUGAGUGCUAGAGUGGAACUAAUGACUUCAACACAAAAGAAAAUGCUACGAUAUUAUUAUUUUGUAUGUGUUGGUGUUAUGUACUCAGGUGAAUAUGAUGUUUGUGAUGUUACUCUGAGUGUGCAUCCACAAGCUGAAAAGUUAGCUUGGCCACGGUGGGAAGUGGCGGUGUGGAUGAACACUCAGAGUAACAUCACAAACAUCAUGCUAUAUACAAUAUGUUACAAUACGGUUGAAGUGAAAAACGGCUUAAUGAUCUUUUCACUAGAACUAGUAACAGGCUGUUGUGGCAACCUUUUGAGGUAACACCAAUGUUUUCGUUCAAAUUAAAUUAUUAUAAUAAUAAUAUACGACUUAAAGGUGAUGUAAAGUCCGUAAUGUAAACAAACACUUUGUUUACAUUUUGAACUCAGUGCUACAGUUGUAAAAUAUGAUUAGAUAUAUAUUAUACUGAAUUUUUAACACUCUUCCGGUUCGCUAUGCUUGUAAAUGAAUGCAGACUAGAGAUUCAAUUCAAGGAAGUUCGCAAGGUGCGAAAUAUUAACAACAUUCCAAAGGUUGCUCCCCCACUGAUGGAAUGUGUUGAUACGCAGAAUAUAUGCGCAGAACGGACUUUACACUUUACAGCAUCUUUAAUUCAAUACCACAAACUACAUAUACAUACAUAUUGAACAUAUAUAUUAUUUGUUUCUUUUAGAACUUGAUUUCAAGAAGAUUCAUCUUGUCGACAGUCUAAAAUUCAAAGGUCAUUCUGAAGUUGUUAGAAACAGUUGGGCAUCGCAUGUCAUAGUCCUUUAUAGCACUGAUCGUCACAUCUGGUUGCCGAUUAAAAGUCGCUAUUCAGAGAAAUGGGUAAUAUAUUAGAUAGUUGACUUUAAUUAAUUAAACUCAUGUUUUUAUACUGGAUAGCUUAACCAGCUUAUCCAGUAUAAAUAUAUGUAUCAGCUUGAACUGUUUCCCAUAAUUUUUUCUGUGUUGGUGCUGUGUACUCAGGUGAAUAUGAUGUUUGUGAUGUUACUCUCAGUGUAUACAGUAUCUAACAUCAAAUAUCUCUUUCCCAUAUUUCCCAUAAAGACGUAUUGGUUCACUGUUGCUAUAGGAAGAGACUGAAGCAGCCUGAGAAAACGUUGUGAACCUAUAUCUAUUCAAAUAUUGAACAAAAUCAGGGUGUUAGCUAGCCAGCCCAUAUACUGUCCGUUUGACGGACUCUUCCCAUUUGAAGUAGCUAAGGGCCUUUCCCAACUGGGUUUACUGGAAGAUUUUCAUUUCUUCUGAUGAAAAAGUGCAUUGCGUUUGAUUUUAUAUUAUUAUAUCAAAGAACGUUUUAUUUACUUUUUCCCAUUAACUAUUUUCUCAAAAUGUAUCGCGUUUCAUUCAUAUUGGGUGUGUAUUCACCGAAAUGAAAUGUACAAAACAAAGUGUAAUCGGUGUACAUCCGUGUUCAUUCACGGGAAAUGAUAUAUACAAAACGAAGUGCCAUCGCCCCAUUGGGUGUAUUUUUCAGUGUUCAUUCACUGGAAAUGAAAGUACAAAACCAAGCUACCAUUGUUUGCAUCUAAGGAGAAACACGUUGGAAAAAAAACACCAUUUAUUCCUACAUAAGGACUUUGAUCGGUGACACCCUGAAAAUAUAACCAUUAUAAUUAUUUUUUCUGUGUUGGUGUUAUGUACUCAGGUGAAUAUGAUGUUUGUGAUGUUACUCUGAGUGUGCAUCCACACCGAGCAAGCUGAAAAGUUAGCAUGACACUCAGAGUAACAUCACAAGCAAAAUAUAAGCAUGUUUUCCUUGUCUUUUGUAGUAUUUCCAAACCAAUACUGGACCGGAGCAUACCUCACAUCAUCCGCUCAACCCACGAAUCAGAGCCAGAUUUUUACGAAUUACUCCUCAUAAAGGAAAGAAUGAUGUUUGUUUAAGAAUUGAAGUACGAGGAUGUACCAAAGGUAUUCCAAACAUGGGCAAAACAUCAUCGAAAUAUCAAAAUGCCCUGAUUGUUUUCAUUUCUCAAACCAGCAAAGAUCAACGGAGUUUCUUUUUCUUAAUUUCUUCUAGAACCGUGGUUGGCAGCGCAACAAAAGAUCAAGGAUGAUGCUGAAAGUAAUGUACUGCCUUACUGUAUUACUCAACUCAAGUAAUGUCAUACAGCCCAAUACAUAACAACGGUAACUCCGAAUAAAGUCAACAUUUUUAAUUCUCAACUUUAUUUAGUCAUCAUAACCUGAUGAUGAUUAAAUAAAGUUGACACAUUGAAUAAAAAAUGUUGUCUUUAUUCGGAGUUGUUGUGUAUUUCAUGAAAAUACUCAGGGGAUCCUGCAAUUAUACAGCCCAAUAACAUGUAAUCUUGACCAGUCCAUGCCAGUGUAGGUAGCAUGGGCGGAUUUACUGGGGGGAGGGGUUAACCCCCCCUAGAAUCUUUUUAAUCCCUCUUUAAUCCCUCUGAAAAUCCACCCUUGGUAGGUAGUGAUGGUAACAAGACAGCAACCAGGAAAGUAUUAGCAGAAUUGCUUAUAUUGUUAGCAGAACUGCUUAUGUUUUUCAGGUACACACGUAAAAACGCACAAGUUGUAACAAACCUGCAGCAGACUUGUAGCAAUGCUGUUCCAACAACUUGUCAACAGGAUGUGUUCGCACUGCUUGUUCCCAGCUUGUUGAAAAGUUGUCACCGACUUGUUGACAACUUGCUACAAGGAUUUUGAGUUCAACAGACUUGUUACAAAUUGUUCCAACAACUUGUUAUCGUCCUGCAAUGCAACAAUUUGUCAACAAGUUGUGAGUGACAACCUUGUAUAGUAGCAACUUGGUAAAAUAACAGCAUUGUUACAACUUGUUGACAAGCUUGCUACAAGCCUGUUGCGAACACAUCUUGUUGACAAGUUGUGAGAUUUUUACAUGUGUUGUUGUAUUUCUCAAUCUAUACAACAGUCCAAUCACAUGCGUCUCAAGUAUUUCUUUUGCAAGCAUGACUGUGAUGGCUGCCAAGGUUGGUGUCUGAACCACAUAGAAAUAUUAAAAAUAAUGAAGGUAUUUCUUCACGAGGUUUCCAAAGCUAACCUUCUGGCCUUUUGCGGAUAACGUCAAAAAUGUUUCCAAUCUUGCCUAGUUUUUAAACAAGAACCAUCGCAGCUUGUUUUAAUUCAAAUGUCUGUUGAACCAUGUGCACAUAAACGUUCAUAACCAGUCUUGAAAUUAUUUUGUUUUUAGGAAUAAGCUUCAACUUGUGGCAUGUUGUGGUAUCAAAAUGGAAUAAGGGUACAACAAUGCAAAUCAAAUGUUUUUCUGAUGAGACAAAGGUAAAGAGCACAGAAACAAUCUAUGAAGUACAUGGAAGUUACGAGUUUCCUCUGAAAUUGAAAAAGAACAUGCUUAAACUUGAAGAGCAAAAGGAAGCAAAGUUCUAUAAAUGUAUUGCCCGUGAUCAAAUGAACCGUAUUAUCAGCACACAACUGUAUAUCAUUACAACAUAUGGUAAGUCGGUCAUGUAUUGUUUCAUCUUUGUAAGCCAGACAGCAGCUGGUGAUCAACAUCAGAAAUGGUGACACUUCUGUGUCAAGAAAAUGACGUCUCUCACUUCUAUUUAUUUGCUGCAAAUACAAAUGAAAACAUUCUGACUUCCACCACCGCAAUCACUCACUGGCUCAAUGUACAUUGGGUUGGUUAAUCAGGUAGAUUAAGUGCAUCUGAUUGGUUAAUCGGGUAGAUUAAGUGCAUCUGAUUGGUUGAUCGGGUAGAUUAAGUGCAUCUGAUUGGUUAAUCGGGUAGAUUAAGUGCACCUGAUUGGUUGAUCGGGUAGAUUAAGUGCAUUUGAUUGGUUAAUGGUAGCAGUAGUGGAAGUCAAAUCUGAACACCUGUAUUGUUGGUCACGUCUGUUGUUAACCAAUAUGCACCUUAAUGUUCCCUUGUUUGUUAUUUUAUUUCAUCUAACACCAAAUUAUUUAUUAUCAAGCAAACACUGUCAAGAUCAUCUGGUCUAUGAUUGGAUUAUCUAGACCAUCCAGGCAUUCCUCUCACAGUGUGUGCUAGACAACUUUACCCUGUCUACCAGUACCACACACUAUCUUAUGUCUCUUAUUUAAUCAUAAUUUCAUUAUUGUCUUCAGGUCAUCCGGGUCUGUUGCUUCCAGUCCAGGAACAAGGUCUGCUUCACCAAGGAGGAACGCCAGUUUUGGAUCCUUAUGGAACAAUUUGGGCCUACGAACCUGUUACUGCGAAAAUUACAUUCCUGUUCUUUCCUGAUAGUAAGUAGGAUUUUUCAACUGUCACUCAUGGUAACUAAUAGUUGGUUGAUUAAUUGGUUGGUCAGUUGUUCAGUUUCCUUGGUCACCUUGCCAAUUGGUUGAUUGAUUGGUUGAGCACCAGGGGUCGGUUGUAUAAAACUCUUAAUCACUUUUUUAAUCAGAGAGCACAGCUACUUUCCUACUUACUAACCUACGAACUUACUAACCGACCAACUUAUAAGUUAGCUAACUUCUAACUCAUAUUUUUAAUUUAUUUCACAGAAACCUAUGCAUAUGAAUGGUACGGUUUCCUUGAUUUCAUGCCUAGAGAUUAUAUGUAUGUCAAAAAACUUGGCAAGGCAGCCAACAAGAAACAAUGUUUUCAGCUGGCACUUUACGCUAACGAGCGUUACUUUAUCUUUUCAUCACGUCGAAAAGGGUGUUACACUAGUUGGGCUCUGCCGUAUUACGUCGAUGCGCGGGAGAAACUUGGUCUGUACACUCCUGAAAGGCGAGACUCUGUCUAUGUCAUAUAUCGUAAGUUUUGUUCUUAUACUGUUGAUGCUCCUACAAUACAAUAAAAAUUAUCCAUUUACUGUACUCUGUGAACAGAUAUGAAUUAUUAGGUGACUGUCACAGGUGCCCUUAUAGAAAGCUUUUAAUACGAUCAGGUCGAGUCCUUCAUAAUUCAGCUUAGUUCUCAGCUGCUAAGGAUGAUUAACACACUCCUAGUCCCACUUACUAUAGUAAAUCCAAAUUUAUUUUUUCACAGAGUAUCGCAAACCUUACCACAUCUAUUGGGAGAAAGGAGACAAAGGAAUAGGAACUUAUUUGGUGGGAAAACAAGCUACCCAAGACCAUCCAAACCUGCAGUUACUGCCAUAUAGUGUUGGUAAAUUUCGGUUUCGUUUUAACAGCUACAUUACGACACAUGGCUGUGAUUCACACUCACUGAUUAUUAAAGAUUUCACGGUUAACGAAGUAAAGCAUUACACUAUCAAUAUUAAGGAAGGGAAAUCUUCUAAACCAAAGGUUUUGUUCAGUCGCUCUGUUAUGCUUAGACAUUUUGGUAAGAUGUUUGGAUGGCUUAAUGAAAAGGUUCAGAUUUGACUUCCAUGACCGCUACCUAAUUCAGUGGCUUAGUAUCAGUAUUUGAUUGGUUGAUCAGGGAAGAUUAAACACAUUUGAUUGGUUUAAUGGUAGCAGUUUGGUUGUAGUCAAAUGUGAAUCUCCACACACUAUUUUUAUUUAUACUUUAUUUAUAUUAAUAACUAACCCAUUACCUUUAUUUAUGCUGGAUAGUUCUAUCAGGUCUAAAUUGUUCACCUUAAAGGUCUUGUAGAAUCAUUUCUUAUUACUCCAGUAUGUUACUCUAAACUAAACUAACUUUGUUUAUACUGGGUAAUGCUAUCUGUCUGCUCACAUGCAACUGAGGUGAAAUUAUAUUUAGAAAAUGUAUAUUGCAGGAAUAAAGGGAAUAAAACCUUGGUCCCAGAAAUAAAAAGUAAAGGCACAUAACCCUUAACUUAUCAGUGAUACCAAAUUCUUCUCAUUUUAGGAGAGCCAAGGUUUAAUAUGUCCGCCACUGGUGGUGCAUGUUUGAACCAUCCAUUGACCAUCACCGUCAAGCCGCUUCGGGGAGAGUAUGUAGAAGUUGAAGAAUGGGAAGUUGAAUGGAAG